AUGGCUCCGGGCUGCUCCAUCUGCUACGAGGAGUUUGUCGCGGAAGACUCCCUGCAAGUCGUCGUGGAAUGCGGCCACGUGUUCCACACCCAUUGGUGCUGCCCCCGUCCGCUCCUCGCGCACCUCUAUCUCCACAACCCCUGCAAACCCCGCAAGAGCUGCCCCUUCUGCCGUGGCGCGUGCUCGCGCCGUGUCCUCCACGUGUUCCUCUCCGACCUCUCUAGCGCGGACGACGCAGACGCCUGCCGCGCAGCCAAGCGGAGGAAGGUUGGGGAGGAGUCGGGAGCAGGGGGCGCGGGGGAGGGUGGGCGAGCUGCUGCUGCUGCGCUGAAGGAACCCUCACUCCCCCUUUCCUCCCGAACUUUCUUCCGCCCGUUUCUCCCUACAACUCUCCCCCCAUCCCGCCACUCCGUGCAGCAUGCAGAGACGCGGGUUGCGGCUCUGAAGGCGGCGUUGAGAGCAGAGCAGGUGGCAUUCACGCAACUCAAAGCCGAGGCGGAGCGCAGCAAGCAGCGAGUGGGGGAGGCGGAGAGGGAGAGGGACGAGGCACGCGCAGCAGCGGUGGUGCAGAGGGCGGCGCAUGCGCGGGAGAAGGAGCACCUGCUCGUGGCCGCGCACGUGCUGCGCGGGGAGGUGGAUGCAAAGAGCAACGAGUGCAAAGUGCUGCAGAUGCAGCUGCAGCAAGCACAGUGCAGCGAGGCAGCCAUGGCUCUCAUGCAGCAGAUAGAGCUAAGCAGGGUAGGGCUGCUCAAGAUGGCUCGCAUGGCUGCAGGCGCUGCAGCCACAGACGCAGCUGCCGCCGCUGCCGCUGGUGGCGCGGGCGUAGGUGGCAGCGGUGGUAGGGGCAAGCUAGGGAAGGGCAAGCACACAUGGAUGAUGGACGAAAGGGGGGAUGGUGACGGCUCUAAUGGCGACGACGGCGGUGGCAGCAGUAGCAGCAGUGACGCUGGUGUGAUCUGCGUGCUGCAGCACACGCUGAUGGAGAGAAACAAGCAGUACAAGGAGCUUCUCACCAAGUUCUCGCGCCUCACCUCACAGCACUCCCUGCUGGCCUCUACCAAUGCCCGCCUCUCUUCCGUUGCGGCUAGACUGCAGGCCCAGAUGACCCAGCUCAAGGCCAACGCUAACUCCUCUGCCACCACCCCGCCUCGCUCCUCUCGCUCUCCUGCCCCUGCCGCUACCCCUGCCUCUGGUUCUGGUGGUGGUGGUGGUGCUGCUGCUGCUGCAUCGGCUCGCGUCCCUCCCCGCACCCCUGCGCCUUGUGUGGUUGUAGGAGGGGCGUUGCAGGGGGUGCCGGGCCUUCAUAAGAAGCGCAUGCAAGCAGGGGCGAAGAGGGGGGAAGAGGGGAGGGAGAAGGGAAGAGGAGGAACAGGGGAGAAGGACGAGGAAGGGCGGGGAAAGGAAGGAGUGGUUGGUGGCUCCUGCCGCGCAUCCUCCUGCCGCGCAUGCUCCUGCCGCGCAUGCUCCUGCCGCGCAAUGCCUCCUGCGCGCAGCUCCUGGCCCGCGCAUGCUCCUGCCGCGCAUGCUCCUGCCGCGCAUGCUCCUUGCCGCGCAUGCUCCUGCCGCGCAUGCUUCCUGCCGCGCAUGCUCCUGCCGCGCAUUCUCCUGCCGCGCAUGCUCCUGCGCGCAUGCUCCUGCCGCGCAUACCCUGCCGCGCAUGCUCCUGCCGCGCAUGCUCCUGCCGCGCAUGCUCCUGCCGCGCAUGCUCCUGCCGCGCAUGCUCCUGCCGCGCAUGCUCCUGCCGCGCAUGCUCCUGCCGCGCAUGCUCCUGCCGCGCAUGCUCCUGCCGCGCAUGCUCCUGCCGCGCAUGCUCCUGCCGCGCAUGCUCCUGCCGCGCAUGCUCCUGCCGCGCAUGCUCCUGCCGCGCAUGCUCCUGCCGCGCAUGCUCCUGCCGCGCAUGCUCCUGCCGCGCAUGCUCCUGCCGCGCAUGCUCCUGCCGCGCAUGCUCCUGCCGCGCAUGCUCCUGCCGCGCAUGCUCCUGCCGCGCAUGCUCCUGCCGCGCAUGCUCCUGCCGCGCAUGCUCCUGCCGCGCAUGCUCCUGCCGCGCAUGCUCCUGCCGCGCAUGCUCCUGCCGCGCAUGCUCCUGCCGCGCAUGCUCCUGCCGCGCAUGCUCCUGCCGCGCAUGCUCCUGCCGCGCAUGCUCCUGCCGCGCAUGCUCCUGCCGCGCAUGCUCCUGCCGCGCAUGCUCCUGCCGCGCAUGCUCCUGCCGCGCAUGCUCCUGCCGCGCAUGCUCCUGCCGCGCAUGCUCCUGCCGCGCAUGCUCCUGCCGCGCAUGCUCCUGCCGCGCAUGCUCCUGCCGCGCAUGCUCCUGCCGCGCAUGCUCCUGCCGCGCAUGCUCCUGCCGCGCAUGCUCCUGCCGCGCAUGCUCCUGCCGCGCAUGCUCCUGCCGCGCAUGCUCCUGCCGCGCAUGCUCCUGCCGCGCAUGCUCCUGCCGCGCAUGCUCCUGCCGCGCAUGCUCCUGCCGCGCAUGCUCCUGCCGCGCAUGCUCCUGCCGCGCAUGCUCCUGCCGCGCAUGCUCCUGCCGCGCAUGCUCCUGCCGCGCAUGCUCCUGCCGCGCAUGCUCCUGCCGCGCAUGCUCCUGCCGCGCAUGCUCCUGCCGCGCAUGCUCCUGCCGCGCAUGCUCCUGCCGCGCAUGCUCCUGCCGCGCAUGCUCCUGCCGCGCAUGCUCCUGCCGCGCAUGCUCCUGCCGCGCAUGCUCCUGCCGCGCAUGCUCCUGCCGCGCAUGCUCCUGCCGCGCAUGCUCCUGCCGCGCAUGCUCCUGCCGCGCAUGCUCCUGCCGCGCAUGCUCCUGCCGCGCAUGCUCCUGCCGCGCAUGCUCCUGCCGCGCAUGCUCCUGCCGCGCAUGCUCCUGCCGCGCAUGCUCCUGCCGCGCAUGCUCCUGCCGCGCAUGCUCCUGCCGCGCAUGCUCCUGCCGCGCAUGCUCCUGCCGCGCAUGCUCCUGCCGCGCAUGCUCCUGCCGCGCAUGCUCCUGCCGCGCAUGCUCCUGCCGCGCAUGCUCCUGCCGCGCAUGCUCCUGCCGCGCAUGCUCCUGCCGCGCAUGCUCCUGCCGCGCAUGCUCCUGCCGCGCAUGCUCCUGCCGCGCAUGCUCCUGCCGCGCAUGCUCCUGCCGCGCAUGCUCCUGCCGCGCAUGCUCCUGCCGCGCAUGCUCCUGCCGCGCAUGCUCCUGCCGCGCAUGCUCCUGCCGCGCAUGCUCCUGCCGCGCAUGCUCCUGCCGCGCAUGCUCCUGCCGCGCAUGCUCCUGCCGCGCAUGCUCCUGCCGCGCAUGCUCCUGCCGCGCAUGCUCCUGCCGCGCAUGCUCCUGCCGCGCAUGCUCCUGCCGCGCAUGCUCCUGCCGCGCAUGCUCCUGCCGCGCAUGCUCCUGCCGCGCAUGCUCCUGCCGCGCAUGCUCCUGCCGCGCAUGCUCCUGCCGCGCAUGCUCCUGCCGCGCAUGCUCCUGCCGCGCAUGCUCCUGCCGCGCAUGCUCCUGCCGCGCAUGCUCCUGCCGCGCAUGCUCCUGCCGCGCAUGCUCCUGCCGCGCAUGCUCCUGCCGCGCAUGCUCCUGCCGCGCAUGCUCCUGCCGCGCAUGCUCCUGCCGCGCAUGCUCCUGCCGCGCAUGCUCCUGCCGCGCAUGCUCCUGCCGCGCAUGCUCCUGCCGCGCAUGCUCCUGCCGCGCAUGCUCCUGCCGCGCAUGCUCCUGCCGCGCAUGCUCCUGCCGCGCAUGCUCCUGCCGCGCAUGCUCCUGCCGCGCAUGCUCCUGCCGCGCAUGCUCCUGCCGCGCAUGCUCCUGCCGCGCAUGCUCCUGCCGCGCAUGCUCCUGCCGCGCAUGCUCCUGCCGCGCAUGCUCCUGCCGCGCAUGCUCCUGCCGCGCAUGCUCCUGCCGCGCAUGCUCCUGCCGCGCAUGCUCCUGCCGCGCAUGCUCCUGCCGCGCAUGCUCCUGCCGCGCAUGCUCCUGCCGCGCAUGCUCCUGCCGCGCAUGCUCCUGCCGCGCAUGCUCCUGCCGCGCAUGCUCCUGCCGCGCAUGCUCCUGCCGCGCAUGCUCCUGCCGCGCAUGCUCCUGCCGCGCAUGCUCCUGCCGCGCAUGCUCCUGCCGCGCAUGCUCCUGCCGCGCAUGCUCCUGCCGCGCAUGCUCCUGCCGCGCAUGCUCCUGCCGCGCAUGCUCCUGCCGCGCAUGCUCCUGCCGCGCAUGCUCCUGCCGCGCAUGCUCCUGCCGCGCAUGCUCCUGCCGCGCAUGCUCCUGCCGCGCAUGCUCCUGCCGCGCAUGCUCCUGCCGCGCAUGCUCCUGCCGCGCAUGCUCCUGCCGCGCAUGCUCCUGCCGCGCAUGCUCCUGCCGCGCAUGCUCCUGCCGCGCAUGCUCCUGCCGCGCAUGCUCCUGCCGCGCAUGCUCCUGCCGCGCAUGCUCCUGCCGCGCAUGCUCCUGCCGCGCAUGCUCCUGCCGCGCAUGCUCCUGCCGCGCAUGCUCCUGCCGCGCAUGCUCCUGCCGCGCAUGCUCCUGCCGCGCAUGCUCCUGCCGCGCAUGCUCCUGCCGCGCAUGCUCCUGCCGCGCAUGCUCCUGCCGCGCAUGCUCCUGCCGCGCAUGCUCCUGCCGCGCAUGCUCCUGCCGCGCAUGCUCCUGCCGCGCAUGCUCCUGCCGCGCAUGCUCCUGCCGCGCAUGCUCCUGCCGCGCAUGCUCCUGCCGCGCAUGCUCCUGCCGCGCAUGCUCCUGCCGCGCAUGCUCCUGCCGCGCAUGCUCCUGCCGCGCAUGCUCCUGCCGCGCAUGCUCCUGCCGCGCAUGCUCCUGCCGCGCAUGCUCCUGCCGCGCAUGCUCCUGCCGCGCAUGCUCCUGCCGCGCAUGCUCCUGCCGCGCAUGCUCCUGCCGCGCAUGCUCCUGCCGCGCAUGCUCCUGCCGCGCAUGCUCCUGCCGCGCAUGCUCCUGCCGCGCAUGCUCCUGCCGCGCAUGCUCCUGCCGCGCAUGCUCCUGCCGCGCAUGCUCCUGCCGCGCAUGCUCCUGCCGCGCAUGCUCCUGCCGCGCAUGCUCCUGCCGCGCAUGCUCCUGCCGCGCAUGCUCCUGCCGCGCAUGCUCCUGCCGCGCAUGCUCCUGCCGCGCAUGCUCCUGCCGCGCAUGCUCCUGCCGCGCAUGCUCCUGCCGCGCAUGCUCCUGCCGCGCAUGCUCCUGCCGCGCAUGCUCCUGCCGCGCAUGCUCCUGCCGCGCAUGCUCCUGCCGCGCAUGCUCCUGCCGCGCAUGCUCCUGCCGCGCAUGCUCCUGCCGCGCAUGCUCCUGCCGCGCAUGCUCCUGCCGCGCAUGCUCCUGCCGGCGCAUGCUCCUAG